UGAUAAAUAUUGGAGUACAAUGUAUUUUCAAAUAAAAAUUUGUAUAAUACUGGCAUCUUAGUCAUAGCCUAAACAGAGUGACCAAUAUUUUUGGCAACAGAAAAGUUCCUAAGAACAGCUGUUUAAGUGAAUUGUUACAAUUGAAAUGUGAGGAGUAAUCAUUUCGUCCUUCGUUUUAUUUAAAAAAUGUGCUUGACAAGCUAUUUUAGUCCUUUUAGUGAAUAAAGUUUCGUAAAAAAGUGUUAUUGGAAACAUUCUGUAGUGGUGCAAAUUUGAUUCAUAGCGUCUAAUUAGAAAAAGAGUUAUGAUUGAAAAUGUCUUCUGGAGAUUCAGCGCAGCGUUCGCGCCACAGCCUCGUUAUUACACCGGAACAGAGUCCGGGCCGUCGCAGAGGUUCGUUCUUAAACCUCCACAUACCAGAGACCAAUUGGAAGGGAUCCCUAUCUCAUCUUCAUUUACCUACCUUCACCAUUACGACUGCGGAUGGAGAACAACAGAGUCUAGCCAGCAAGUUUACUUUCGGUCUGGUCAGGAGACAUUCUCAUAACACGCUGCAUCGUACUGAGUCCAUGGUAUCACUCUGUUUUCGAUCGCUGACUGGUUAUAUAAACGAUGACAAUUUACGAGGACUGCAAUCGUUCCUUGAAAGCAGACAAGUUCAAGUUGAUGAUAAAGAUGAGAAUGGAACCACAGCUCUCAUGGUGGCGGCGGGUAAAGGUCGAUUGUCUAUUGUACGAGAACUGUUAGCCCAUGGCGCCGAUCCAAAUAUAGAAGAUAAUGAUUCUUGGACUGCUCUUCUUUGUGCGGCCAAAGAAGGACAUACGGAUAUUGUGCUCCAAUUGUUAGAUCAUAAUGCCGCCAUUGAUCAUAGGGACAUUGGGGGCUGGUCAGCUCUUAUGUGGGCUACGUACAAAGGAAGAUUGGAUACCGCCUUGGUUUUAGUAGAAAGAGGUGCAGAUGUCAACGCCCAUGGUAAUUUCCAUAUAUCCUCAUUAUUAUGGGCUGCUGGUAGAGGUUAUACGGAGAUCGUAGAGUGUCUCUUGCAACAUAAUGCCAAAGUAAACGUUGGUGAUAAAUAUGGUACUACAGCAUUAGUGUGGGCUAGUCGAAAAGGGUAUACGGAAAUCGUGGAUCUGUUAUUGAAAGCCGGUGCCAACGUUGAUACAGCAGGAAUGUAUUCGUGGACAGCCUUGCUUGUUGCAACGUAUGGUAAUCACGUCGAUGUAGUCAAUUUACUCUUAGAACACAAACCAAAUGUCAACGCUUUGGAUAAAGAUGGUUGUAGUCCUUUAACUAUAGCCUGUAAGGAAGGUUUUUAUGAGAUAGCUACAUCUUUAAUGGCGGCAGGUGCUUACAUCAACAUUCAGGAUCGAUCGAGCGAUACAAAUUUAAUACACGCAGUAAAAGGCGGUCAUAGAGGAGUUGUGGAGGUUCUAUUGAAAAAAUAUGCAGAUGUGGAUAUUCUUGGAAAAGAUCGCAAAACCGCGAUUUACGUAGCAGUAGAAAAAGGAAACGUUAAUAUAGCGAAACUUCUCUUAACCUGUAAUCCGGAUUUAGAACUGGCAACAAAAGAUGGGGAUACGCCUCUAUUGAAAGCAGUACGUUCCAGAAACGCGGAAAUAGUUCAAUUAUUAAUAGACAAAAAAGCGAAAGUUUCAGCCACCGAUAAAAAAGGAGAUACAGCUUUACAUAUAGCUAUGAGAGCUAGAUCGAAAGCUAUAGUAGAAAUUUUACUGAGGAAUCCUAAAAAUAGUCAGUUAUUGUAUAGGCCGAACAGAGCUGGGGAGACUCCUUAUAAUAUCGAUAUGAAUCAUCAGAAGACUAUUUUGGGACAAAUAUUUGGCGCGAGAAGAUUGAACACGAACGAAGACAACGAAAAUAUGUUAGGUUAUGAUUUGUACAGUAGCGCUUUAGCGGAUAUUCUCAGUGAACCUUCUCUGUCGAUGCCAAUUAUGGUCGGUUUAUAUGCCAAAUGGGGAAGCGGCAAAUCGUUUCUUUUGAACAAACUUAGAGAUGAAAUGAAAAAUUUCGCCCGCGAAUGGGUUGAUCCCGUCUUCCAGUUUUCAACUUUAUUAUUUCUAGUUCUUAUGCAUAUAUCCAUGAUACUAGCCACCAUAUUUGGUCUUUCGUUUCAAUCAUGGUUAAUUGGUUUAUGUGUAAGCGUCAGUUUUAUAUUACUAAGUUACUUUUUGCUUGCGAUGAUUUGGUUUGCUAGCAACAGAUACGACUGGGAUUGGGCAUAUAAUUUUAAUGUACAGUUAACUAGAAAAAUUAAUAAUUUAAGACUCGUUUUGCAAAUAUUAUUCUGUCAUCCGCCCGGAGCUGCAAAUGACAGACAUGCCGCUCAACCAAUAAGGUUUUUCUUUACGGAUCAAACCCGAGUGAGUAGUACAGCAGGGGGUGAAAAUUCAGUAGUUCAAAUGAUCGGUUCUUUAUAUGAUGCAAUAGAAAACAGAUACGGAUCUUUGGCAACAAGAUUGUAUCGCGCUUUCAAACCUAAAGCAGUAAAAUCCGCUUCCCGUUGGACAUGGAGGAAAGUAUGUUGUUUGCCGUAUGUUAUAUUUUUCGAAUUAACGUUUUUAAUGAUAUUAAUCGGAACGUGUGCCUUGACUAUUUACCUUAUUCACGUCAAUGUAACAAAAGUCGAUUCGGACUCUGAUAAUGUAGAUGAAUUCAAAUUAAAAAUGAUUCUCGUUAUUGCCGCAUUGAUGUUGGGAGUAGCUUGCUUAGCUAACAUGUACACUUGGAGUAGAAUGUUGAAAUCUUUGUUUUUUUCGCAAAGAAGACACGUGCAACGAUCUAUCGCCAAGUUGGAAACUUUGAAAUCCGAGGGAUUUUUGCAAAUGCUAAGGCAAGAGGUAAAUUUGAUGAAAGAGAUGGUGAAAUGUCUCGAUAGUUUGAGCAAUCAGCAAACCCGACUUGUUGUAAUCGUAGACGGAUUGGAUAGUUGCGAACAGGAUAAAGUAUUACUCGUAUUAGAUACUGUACAUAUGUUAUUUUCUGAUGCUAACACCCCUUUUAUUGUGAUAUUAGCAAUAGAUCCUCACGUUAUUGCGAAGGCCGUCGAAGUGAAUACCAGAAGGUUAUUCAGCGAAAAUAACAUUGGAGGGCACAAUUACUUAAGCAAUAUGGUACACCUGCCGUUUUAUCUUCAAAAUUCCGGUUUGAGGAAAGUGAAAAUAGCACAACAAACCGCCUUGGCACACAAAAAACAAGUUGGUAGUUGGACCGAAAACGAAGAGAAUCUCAAUAGUUUUCUUGCUAGAUCGUCGUCAAGCAGAAGAUUGUCCAAUGAAAAAGCUUUAAUGUCUAGCACGGAAAAUCUCGGAAAGUUUCCUGGUAGAAAAGGUUCGAGAAAAUUAAAAAUGUCCGAAUCAGUGGCUAGUUCGAUCGGUUCAAAUUUGAAUCGAAUUGGAGGUGCUCAAGAUCUCACUAAAAUGUUACUAACCGACGAUUAUUUUAGUGACGUCAAUCCACGUUCGAUGAGAAGACUGAUGAAUGUAGUAUAUGUUGCAGGGAGAUUACUUAAAGCAUUCCAGAUAGAUUUUAAUUGGUAUCGAUUAGCUUCAUGGAUAAAUAUAACCGAGCAAUGGCCAUUCAGAACUUCCUGGAUCAUCCACCAUUACGAUAUGUACGAAGAUUCGUUAGAUGACAAUACAUCUUUAAAGUCGAUAUAUGAUAAAAUUCGUCCCAAUAUUCCUAUCGUCAAAGACACCGAACCGCUUUUAGAAUUAGACAGGGACGAGAAAAAAUUCGAUAUUUUCCUAAGUUUCCAUAGAUCGAGUCUCCUUGUUAGCGAUCUCAAAAUAUUCCUUCCGUUCACCAUCAAUCUAGAUCCAUAUUUAAAAAAAGUGAUAAAAGAAGAAACUCAAUGCCUAGAAGAUGACGGACUUCGAAUGGUGCCCAUUAAAAGUACAAAUCCCGCAGGGCAAUAUACUACUUGGAACAGCAAUACCGAAUGGACUACGCCAAGAACAAAUUUAUCGAGGAGAGUACGGAUCAAUCCAAAAGCCACACCUAUAACGGUGAUAAAUCAACAAACGACACCACAAGCCUCGAUGAUGGCACCGCAAAUCAAUCCGGGGUUGAAUUGGUCGGAUUGGACCGAUCCGGGGAACUAUAGGCCGCCAUCUUUACCAAUGGCUUCAUUAACCAUCACCGAGCCGGAAAUAUUGGAAACAAGACUUUCAACUUUGAACGUCGAUGGUGUGGUCAAACUUCUAUCUAAUAUAAGUGAUCUUAAUCCCAAUGCAUUAGAAGAUUACGUCAAAACUAUAAAGGAAAAUAAUAUUAAUGGAAGAGUACUUUUACAUUGUGACCUCGAGGAACUUAAGAAGUUGUUGAAAAUGAAUUUUGGCGAUUGGGAGAUGUUCAGAGUGACUUUGGUUAUUUUAAGAGAACAAGAAAUGUCCUACUUAUUACAACCGGAUGAAACGAAGCCGAUUAGGAUUGUUCAAAAAGUGGAAAGAAGAAAUAGCAAUAAAUCUACAACGACAAAUGAAAAAGAAAAAUUACCGGAAGAGAGACAAAGAAAACAAAGUAUUAUUGAAAAACAAGUAACAUUGGAAGAUCAAAUGAUUUGCGGCGCCUUGCAAACAUUGAACGAAGAAGCUUGCGAAGAUGUUUUAGAAGAAACAGAAGAAACGAAAAUAACGAUAGAGUCGGACGUUCCGCAAACGUCUAUAAUACCACCUAGCCCCGACCAGAACCAAGAUUUUCCUCCCAGAGGUUGUCGUUCUCGCACCAACAGCACUAGUGGUAUGGGUGAGACAGAUUUUAUUUUGUUGCAAUCCUCACCUGUAGGUCACAUGCAUUGGCACCCCAUUAGUAUCAGUGUGGCUGGUAACUCGGAAAGUUUGAGCGAUCAUAGCUCCAGAUGCAGUUCUCAACCACCAUCCCCUGUUUCAGAAAGAAAAAUUUCCGUCAACAGCAUGACUAAGCAUUCGAACCUGAAAUCAAACGAGAAUGUAUCUAAAGGACGACACGUUAUUAUAAAAACGGAUUACUCGGAAACGGCUCCACGCAUUUCUAUCAGUACCACCAAAGCAUCCGUAUCAUAUGAAACUCUAGUUACUAAUAAAACUCCAUUGCUGCAAGGCCAUAGUAACAAUAUGGGCUCCCAUUCUAAACAAAGACCAAGUUCAUUGAACUUCAAUAAAAACGAUGGUCGACGUGCUAAAUUUAAAACGCGUUCAAAGUCUAUUGACAAUAGCCCAAAAGGUGAAAAGAGAGAUAAGAUCAAUUUUGACACGUUACAUAGAUUGAAAGAGAAGCUUUUACAUUCUACUCCCGAUUUAAAUGAUACAAGUGAUAACGAGAGCACUCCGUUAGUGUCAGAAGUGUCGACUCCGUCGAAAUCAGGACAUAGUUCAGAAAUUAAAACACCAAGUUCAAGAAGUUACCCUCUAUCACCGUCUUCGCAAAAAAGUUUAUCACCAGAAAAACCGAAAAUGACUAGAAGUGAAUUAAAUAUCGGAGAUGCUGAUGAUUCGAGCAUAGCGCAAGAUAUUUCCGAUGGUUUUACAGAGAGAAAAGCGAACCAGAGGAGUUAUUAUGGAGAGAGACGUAGAACAAUGUCGGAUGAAAUUAGCAAUUCAGUUUCAAUGCAUUUAAUGGAAAGAAGUUCUAGUAACUUAAGCGUAAGGAGCUCCCAGAGCUCUGGACGACUAUCCAGGCAAAAUGCUUUAGAUUCUCUGGAAAAUCUUACAGACAUUUAUUGCCAUCCUGGAAGUAAAGAUGAUUGAAAUAUUUAUGCUCAUAGUACUUACCAACCUCAAAUGAUUGCAGUAUUUGUAGGUUACUUAUCAAAUGUUGUGAUUAAAAAGAUCAUUAGUUACGUAUCUUAUAAGUAAGAAGAAUAUAUUUUAAAUGACCAAAAUAAAUUGUUGUAUUUACAUG